AAGUAGAAGAAAUCAACAAUUAGGAAUCGAACUCGAAGAGAAUAUUAAUGGAAAGCCAUAAAUCGCAUUGACGGUGAAAAAUGAAAGCAUCGAGGAAGUUCAAAUAAUGCAACACAUAGUACAUGGAAAUCUUGAAGCUUUGACUCAAGCUUCUUUUAUUUUCAUCUUAGCCAUUGCCAUUAUUUUGUUGAAUCUCUUAGUAAUAGCAACAUUAAUUAACUUUAGGGGCCCUCAAGAGGUCAUCAACAUUUAUUUAUUGUCACUAGCGUUUGCUGAUUUAAUAUGCGGAGUAGUAAUUGUUCCCUUAUCGAUCUAUCCAGCUCUUCAAUCAUCUGACUUUGAGUCGACUUGGCUAUACAGCCAACCAUACGGUGAAGGAUUUUCUGAGAUGCUAUGUCGUAUUGCAGGAUACAUCGAAGUUACUCUUUUCUCGAUUACAAUUUACACUUUUAUGUGGAUAUCCGUUGACAGAUACUUGGCUGUGCGAAAGCCAUUGAGAUAUGAAACAGUUCAAACACGAACUCGUUGUCAAUGUUGGAUGUGUUUCACAUGGAUCUCAGCAGCGAUGCUUUGUCUGCCAUCAUUAUGGACUGAAGAAGAUGCCACCUUUGACGAAUAUGCUUACAUUUGUGUUCCUAAUUGGAAUCGUAUGGCUGCAUAUUCUAUCACAUUAGGAAUCCUUGUCCUUGGUCCCAGCGUCAUUUCAAUCGUUUAUAAUUACGGUUACAUAUUUUCAAUGAUGAGAAAGAUUAAGAGUGGAGUUGCGAUACAUGAUAAAGAAUACGCAACCGCACUAGCUGAGAAUCUUGCAAAUCCUAGUCACAUCAUGUCGUUUUUGUUGGUGUUUUUGUUCUGGCUGUCAUGGAGCCCAUAUAUCGGUAUUCGCAUCUAUCAAGAAGUGACAGGCAUCGAAAUUGAGAAUCCUCUUAUUCAUUUUGGUGCCGUGUGGGUGGGAAUAUUAAAUGGGCUGUGGAAAUUUCCCCUAAUGUGUAUGAUGUCGUCACAGUUUAGAUUAGCAUUAAGAAUAUUUUUCCUUACGAUUUGCUGUCGAACUCAAGGAAGACUUCAAGCGGAAAUAUUAGGACUAGAUCCAGAUGAUUAAAAUUCAUUAAACGUGAUUUGAUUUAAUGCUCAAUCGUGGAAAAGCAAAAGCAAGAAAAUAAUAAUCCGACAUUUCUCGUUUAAAAACUUUAACUGAACCUACAUUCUUUGAGUGAGUAACUUUAUAAAUUCUAUGGAUAAUUAAAGUAGGAAGCAAUCAUAAGUGUUAAAAUUACUAUUAGUCGCUCCAUGGGAAAACUAUGAAAAGAAAGAAAAUUGUUCGUAGGUUCGCUCAUCAAUCAUGUCUGAUUGAUUUCAUUUAAACUGACACAUCUCCUGCUCUUAAACUUCAAUAGAUCUCUUAUUACGUACUAAUCUUCUGCAAAAGUUUUCAAUAUAAAUAAAAUAAAAAAAGAAUACUGCCUCAAUUCUAUGUUAAAUAUUUGCAUGUAGAUUAAAUUACAACAGAUAAACAGAAAAAAGAAACAUAAACGUAAAAGUUUUUUUCGUAAGAAGAAAGUUAAUAAAAAUUAAAGUAGCAAAUUUAUUAGAGUGAUAGAAAAUUAAUAAAAAAAAGAAUUUAAAUUUUUAAUCUUAACGCUAGAAAAUCAUUUUUUAGAUACAGAAAAAUUAUUAAAGAAUUAAGUCGACAAUGAGAUAAAAGGGGAGAAAAUCCUUAAACAUUUUAUUAUCUAUAUGUACAUAAUGAAGUAUAUAAACACAAAACACUGCUUAUCACAGAUAAAGGUUGUCUCUUUAAUACUCUAUUAUACUCUUGCUUGUGAGAUCUUUAACAACACUUCAGAUAAUCAAGUUGAAAGUCAAAUUAUAAGAUGUCAAACGACAUAGGAAAUCUUUUAUUUAGUCGAAUUACGAAAAUCAUGAAAAUAUAAAUUCUUUUGUAAUCUCUUUUACCUCCUAAGUGAAUACUUCAUCGACACAACUGUUGAUAGCGAUUUGAUAUUCUUGUGUUGUUUCCAUAAUGGCCUAUGCAAAAGUUAAUAUUUUCUAUCCCAACAAAGAAAAGAAAAAUAUUCCCACGUUUUUAUGUAAAUUAUUGGGAAAAGCGCCGUUAAAAAAUCGUAAUAUCUACUUUUUGAUGCUUACAAGUUUUCAAUUAUAAAAAAAGGAAAUUAGAAAAUGUAAAUUUACGAUAAUGAAGUUUUGUUGAGAUUGAUAUGAGUUGAUACAUGUUUUGAAAUGACGAAAAACGAGAUUUAUUUUUGUUGAAAACAUUCCUGAAUAAGAAAAACCAUUGUUAUAUUUGGCACAAAAAAAGACAUUUAAAAGUUUGAUUUUGUAUUUAGAUAUCCUUUCCUAAGCGAGUUGUGUAGAAAAUUGCACUUAGAAUCGAAAAUAAAUUAAAGAAUUAUUAAAAUCCUAAUAAAUUAUCUCA